UGAUCUACUUUUUAACUGAGAUUGGCUCAGGUUGUAAUGUCCUUUCAUGAAUGUGGAGGCAACGUUGGUGAUGAUGUUUGUAUACCACUGCCACAUUGGGUGGCAGAAAUCGGUCGAAGCAAUCCUGACAUAUUUUUCACAGAUAGAGAGGGAAGGCGCAACCCUGAAUGUCUGUCAUGGGGAAUUGACAAGGAACGUGUUUUAAGAGGCCGGACUGCUGUAGAGGUUUACUUCGACUACAUGAGAAGCUUCCGGGUUGAAUUUGACGAGUUCUUUGAGGAUGGUAUAAUCUCUAUGAUUGAAGUUGGACUAGGUCCAUGCGGGGAGCUACGAUACCCAUCAAAUCCCGUAAAGCAUGGUUGGAGAUAUCCAGGUGUCGGUGAAUUCCAGGUGGCUGACCAAAUAUUUUUAAUUUUAAAUACAUAAUGAUGCAAUCUUCACUGUGUUUGCUCUUCCAGUUUCUGUUUUCUCUUUUUUUAGUAACACCAGAAAUUAAUUUAAUUUUUUAGAAUUUAUGAUAAUUUGAAAGAAAAAAAUUAUGAUAAUUCGCUUGAGAAGUUGAUGAUGUGACAUUCCCUUUCCUGACUGGUUUUUCUCUCUACCUAAAUCAA